AUUUAUAUAGUACAAUAUUAAAAUUAGUUGAACAUAUUAUUUAGCCAGUCCUUUUUUAAUCUUUUCUUCUUCUUCUUGCAGUUUCUCCAUUUCUUGUUGUUCCUUAAAUAAUCUAAUCAAUUCUUCUGUUGCUGUGGGCUCUUGUAAUUUAUAUUUUCCAAGCUUUUCCUAAAAAUUAAGAAACAUAAAAUUUGUUUGAAUGAAAAUAAACAGUUUAAUACAACUAAUCGAAAAGAUAUCAAAUAUUUACAUCAGGAUAUUCUGCCAAAUUUAAUGCUGGUUCCUUAAAAGUAAAAGGUGUCCAAGGUCCUUGAAUCGAAGGGAAAUUUGUACGCCAUAAUUUGAGUAAUCUAACAGAAGAUCCAUCAUGAUAUUGUGUUUUCAUUAAAUGCAUCAAUUGAUAAACGUCUUCACGACUAUAAUUGGCAACACUCAUCCACUGUGUCUCUCCAUUCACUGUAAUGAAUAUGUAGUAUUUAUAUAUACACACUUUCCUUAGUUCUCACAAAAAUGAUUAAACCUACAAUAUUCUGCUUUUAUAACUGCACUUCUGUGUCUUCUUGGUUUAACGUAUACUACAACUCCAGGAUUUUCUCUUGCAAAAUUGAUUAAAUCAUUUUCAAGAAACUUCCUAUAAAAAAAUCAAGAUAAUUAUGUACACGGAAAACGAUAUCCAGUGUAAUAAUAAUUUUCAUAUAAUGUAUUAAAUUGCUGAACACGAGUAAUGUUAUAGGUUAUGGUAUGUAAAACGGAAUAAGUUAAAUCAGUGAACAUAACAUGAGAAACGAAUAGAAUGAGCAACAACUAAAUAAAGUAAUAAUCGAGAAUUUUAUCAUAGUAAAAUUAUUAGAUCCGUGUAUUAAGUCACAAUCAAAAGAUUAGGAAUACAAAUAGUAUUACCUUAUUCCACCACUAUCACCCAUUCGUUUACAAAAUUUUAAUGUAACUCUUUGGAGCUGACAUACAUAGCGACCAAUACCUAAGCCAAAAGGUGGACGAACAUAUCCAUACGGAAGAAAUAAGUGGUGAUUUGACAUUUUUCCAAUAGAAAAUGUAUAUAAAAUUACUCUGUAUAGUGAUCACCGCAGGUCACUGAUACUGUUUACUAGACAGCCCCAGUGUGUGACUAUUUUGCCCGCAACAUAGGGGCGCUCCUCGCGUCCACACCCCUCGCUCCCCAAAAUCUUCAACAAACCUCUCGCAUCUAUUGGAAGGCGAACACGCGUCACUUCACGUCGUGUCGGCGCAGGCGCAUUACAGUUGGGAAAGUCUUGAGUUUGGCGACUAGUCAGGGGAAAUGGAGGAUGCGAGGGACGCCCCUAUGUUGCAGGCAAAUGGUCACACUAAAUAGCACUAGAUAGACGCACGGCGCAUGCUCGUAAAUAGAUAUUUCCCCAAUACAAAUACAAUGUAGGUAUGUGCAUAUUAAUUAAAUUUAUUUAUUAUAUCUCAAUUUCAUUAAUAUUUCAAAAUACAUUCGAUUGCCCUACAUUCCGUAUAAAAUGCAUUUACAUUUACCUCAAUUUUCUACAUUACAACUCAUUGUUCAUUAAAAAGUCUCAUGAUCGCUAUCUGCACCAAAAGAUCAAUUCAAAUAAAAUUUAACUGUUGUCAAACCAGCGUGGUUCAAUUACAUUGCAUUUAAUGGGCGGUAAAGGAAUGGACAUUAUAGAUGGUAAAGAUGUAGGUAAAAAUUCUCCUGGCCAAAAAUGUGCAACGUCCAUGAAAAUACAUCCGAUCAGGAUACCGCGCAUAACAGGCAUCAAUAUUCUCAAAAGUUUGCUUUUCUGUGGUUUUUGGGGCCAAAUGAAAAUCAAUCGCGAUCCAUCUGUUGCCCGAAACCAGAAGCAAAACCGAUCGAAUGCAUUCCGUACUUUGAAGACAUUACCAUGAAGAUGCAAGAACGUCGCUGCGAUCUGAUCGGCAAACAGAAAUAUUUACGCGAAAAGAUCACGACAAUGGAACGGUCGAUUCCAGCGUUGAUAGCGUACAAUAUGUGGAUGGCCAAGGAUAAAUGUGACGAUGCACCGACUUGCAAAGUCCGUGAAAUCAUAAAGAAAUUCUCUACGUAUCCAGACCCAACCGAAAAACUUCUCGCAAACUUGAAGAGAGCGGUGAAGGAACUGAACGAGGAGACAGCCGAGUUGCAUGAAAAGAUUAUUCAAGCAGAUGUUAAGUUAGAAGAGACAGAUAUGGAACUCGAAUCUUUAGAACUAUUGAAUAAAGAGAUGAAUGUAAAGUUGACCAGUUUGGAGAAAGAAGUUAAGAGUUACACUACUCCAAGUCUUCACUCCAUACGCUCGGAGGAUUUGAUUUGUCUAUCGAAGAUUCAUCAACUAGCUAAAGAGGAGCUAUGCAUGAAACACUGUAUCAAGCAGAUGGAGCAGAAGGAGACACUGUUCAAAGAACAUAUGGACCAAUUAUUAACAUGCAAAGAAUACCAAAAUAUCUGUGAUAAACGAAAAAUGGUUAGUUGUUUUCAAAACUUGGACUGCAGUGGGAGGAUGCUAUGCUAUGAGCUUAAAAAAUGCCCGUGGUACAAGCCAACUAUUCAUCGUUUGAAGAAAAAGCUGGGCCAUGAGAGAAGAGAAAUUCUUAUUGAAAGUGAGAAGACACAGACUCAGAACGAUGCAAUAGUCUCUACUUCUGAACAUAGUAUCAGCAAGCGAGAUAAAUCACAAGGAACAAUGGAGAAAAAGUCUUCAUGGAUACCUAAUUGGUUUUCAAAAAAUCAGAAGAGUCAGGAAGGUAUUCCUCCUUCAAAAGCUGAUGAAUCAAGUAUAAUUUCCACUGAGGAAAACAAUAAAUCUAACAAACCAGUCACAGUCGAAGCGUCGACGGAACCAGUUCAUCUCGCAGAAGAACCGAAAGAAAACAAGAAAACUAGUGAUAAACAGGACAAAACAUCAAAAUACACGACGUUUAGCAAACCUUGUGACCGCAAGGUUUGUCUUCCAGUUGCUAAAAAAGGUGGCAGUAAAAAAGGAAAAGAAAGACUCUGUGCAGGAAAAUUAUUUACACCUUGUAAUAUUUCCUGUAUGAAGCCGCGCAAAGGUUGCUUUAGCCCUAUGGUGCCAAAAAAAUCUUGUUUUGAUACUUCCUGUUGUCUAGUCGAUCAUGGUAUUAAAAAACCAUGCAAAUUGUACAUGCCAUCAUGCGAUCUCAAAGGUUCAUGCGAAAUUUGUCCUUCAGUGUUGUGCAAAGACUAUUUUCCACCCACAAACAACUGCAGAUGCAACUGCAAGGGAAAGUGUGCCAAAGUAUUGUCAGAAGCAAAGUGUAAUUGCAGCGACGCAUUAUUGGACCCACUAGAAACGUAUCAACCCACAGCUUCUCAGCUGCAUAAUACUCCAUAUAAUUAUGAUAGCAAUAGUGACGACGAAUUUUGCGAAUGUUGUUCCUGCGGCUGUGAAGACAGCGAUGAAUCUUAUUCAUGUAAGUGCAAUUAACUAACACAUCACUAAGGUCAAGAGCAACAUUUUUAGUCAAAAUACUUAUCAUAAAUCUUGUAUGUCACAUUAGAGUUUACUGUUGAGACUUUUACUACAGAGAUUUAGUACCAUGAAGAUAAAUACACGAACAUUUAUAUUUAAAAGAUAUUUAUUUUAUACAUACUUCAUGUAGAAAAUUAACACAGAAGAACAUUGCAAAUUUUGCAACAAUACCAGCUUGUAAUACAUUCUUAGUUUAACUAAAUUCUUUUCUUAGAAAGGAAUGUGGAAAGGGUAGUGGGGACUUGGUUCCGUACUGAAAAAGAAAUCAAUUUUUAUGGUGAAAUCGUAAAUAAAAUGAUCGAGAUAUGGCAAGUAAGAAUUGUAAAAUGAACACAUAUUUACCCAGGCAUUGGACAGAUCCUGCCGUUACAAUCAAAUGUAUCGAUGUAUGCAAUAUCUUCAGAAGUAAGCUUGAAAUCAAAGACCUCGGCGUUCUCAGCGAUUCGCGACUUUGUAACUGACUUAGGGAUUACAAUGUGUCCACGGUCCAACUACAAAAGAUGGUUUAUUUGAAUAAAUAUUCAUAAUUCAAUGAAUAUAACUGAUCCAUGAAAAAUAUGUAUGUUUAUGUACCUGAUAUCUAAUCAAAACUUGUGCAGGUGUUUUGUUAUAUUUUUUCGCUAAUUCACCCAAUUUUUUGUCAUCCAUCAGUUUGGGAUCAUCGGGUUGCGCCCAUGGCCUGUCAGGAGAUCCAAGAGGACUGUAGGCUGUGAUAAGAAUACCUUUCCCAACACAGAGUGCAGACAGCUUUUUCUGAGUUAGGUAUGGAUGACAUUCGAUCUAUAAUAAAACACACAUCGUAGAUGACUACUUACAGAAAAUAAUAUAAGUUUAAUCACUAAUGCUUACCUGAUUUGUAACUGGUUUGAUGGUACAGUUCUUUAGCACUCUU